AAAAUCAGUUAAUUUGUCUGAAACGUAAAUAAAUUAUUCUAAAAGGAAUAAUGGUUUUUACACUCGGACCAUUUUUUCAAGAUUUGUGCGAUUUGGGUGAAAAAUGUACAAAUUGUCCAUCAGAAACUAUAAUGUUUGCAACAAUUCUCUCUCUCAUCUUUGGGUAUUCUAAAGAUAAGAAUAAAUUAAAGCGUAAAAUUCCAAACGAACUGGAUUUUAUUAUUGUGGGAGCCGGUUCCGCAGGAUGUGUUCUUGCUAACAGAUUAACGGAAAUCGAAGAUUGGAAUGUCCUCCUCUUGGAAGCAGGUGAAGAAGAGUUGGAACUUAGUAAAAUAGGGUCGUCAUUUUUCUUAUCAUUUGGAAGUAGCAUUAAUUGGAAUUAUAAAACAGAAGCCGAUGCAAAUUCUUGUCAAGCAAGCAACGGUUGUUUGAUGCCACGUGGAAAGGUAAUGGGCGGAUCGAGUUCAAUUAAUGGUAUGUUAUAUGUCAGGGGAUCCCCAUCAGACUAUGAUAAUUGGGCCAAACUUGGUAAUGACGGUUGGAGUUACAAGGACGUUUUGCCUUAUUUCAAAAAGUCUGAAAAUAAUCUAGACAAUAAUAUAGUGAGUGCAAAUCCUCAGUUUCACAAUAAAGGAGGAUAUCUAACAGUGGAAAAAUUUCCUCACACUGACAUAAAUGCGCAACUAUUAACAAAAGCCUGGCAAGAAAUGGGAUACAAAUACGUUGACGUGAAUGCCAACAAUAGCCAAAUUGGAGUAAUGAAUAUCCAGACAACAUCACUUAAUGGAAGGCGUCAAAGUACAAACAGUGCUUUUAUUCGACCAAUUAGACAUAAAAGGCGAAAUUUGUACAUUGAAACAGAAGCAUUCGUUACGAAAGUCAAAAUAGAUCCUGCAACCAAAAAAACGAUUGGUGUUGAAUACAUUAAUAAGUAUGGAGAAAAGAAAACCGUAAUGGUACGCAAGGAAGUCAUCGUAUCAGCAGGUGCAAUUAAUUCGCCUAAGCUGCUCAUGCUUUCUGGAAUUGGACCAGCUGACGAAUUAAAGAAACACAACAUCAGUGUGAUAAAAGAUUCACCAGUCGGUCGAAAUCUUCAGGAUCAUGUAACGUUCAAUGGUCUCCGCAUCAAACUUAACAACACUUCUACAAAAAAGAGUUUAAAGAAAAGAAUUGCAGACUUACAACAAUAUUUAAAGAAUAGAACAGGUCCACUAGCAAAAAUAGGUCCUGUCGAAAGUGCUACUUUCGUAAAAACGACUUUUGAAACUGAAAAACAAGUUCCAGAUAUUGAAUACAAUUAUGAGCCCUUUGAUAGUGAUGGACAAUUGUCUAUUACAAAUUCCUAUGAAUUAAUAACUGUAAUUCCCGUACUAUUAAAUCCUAAGAGUAGAGGAACGAUAACCCUGAAUCCAUCAGAUCCAAUUAUGGGACCACCUGUAAUUCGUCAAGGAUUUUUCACCAAGAGUCCAGACCGAGAACGUCUUAGGGAAGGAAUAAGAAUUUUCCAAUCGUUAUUCAAAACCAAAGUUUUUCAAGAGAAUGGAAUGACUCUAGAAGAUACACCAUGGCCUCUUUGCGAACGAUUUCAAUUCAAUGGUGACUAUUACUGGUAUUGUAUGAUGAAGCAAUAUACGGAAACUGAUUUCCAUCCUGUUGGUACUUGUAAAAUGGGUCCAGAGUCCGAUGUGGAUGCUGUAGUUGAUCCAGGAUUACGAGUUCGUGGAAUAAAGGGACUCAGAGUUGUUGAGGCCUCGAUAAUGCCGAUCAUUGUUCGGGGCAAUACCAACGCACCGACUAUUAUGAUUGCUGAGAAAGCUAGUGAUAUGAUUAAAAAUGAUUGGAAGUAAAAACCUUCUUAGGAAGGAUUUUUAUAAAUUUAAUUUGAAUCACUAGAUUUAUUUGAUUACAUUUUAAUAAUUAUACUUUUAAAGUUUGUUACUUAUAUUUACUCGAUUUAAUAUAAAAACUUUACAGUUAUUUAUUUAAAACCUUACUCGUUUGUUUCAUAUCUUAUUUAUACAAAAUUCACAUUUAAAGAAAAUAUGCUAAAAGAUAAAAUCCAAAACUUGUUUAACU